AAAGCUGGUCAGUUCGUCCUGCACUGCAACGGCAAGACAAUCUCAAUCACACAGCACGCCCUGUUAGUACGGCGCUGGUGGUCCGCAGAGACGACACAAUGGCAUUCACAACGGCGGUGCCGGAGGUGGUGCUGAGAUCCGGCAACGCCAGACCUAUGCCGGCGAUCGGCAUGGGCACGGCCAAGUUCCCGCUCGUGCCGGAGACUGCCAUGGACGCCGUGCUCGCGGCCGUGGAGCUCGGCUACCGCCACUUCGACACGGCCUCCAUGUACAGGACCGAGCCGCCGCUAGGCGACGCGCUGGCGGAGGCUGUGCGGCGCGGGCUGGUGGCGUCCCGGGAGGAGGUGUUCGUCACCACCAAGCUCUGGUGCACGCAGUGCCACCCGCACCUCGUGCUCCCGUCCCUCCGGGAAAGCCUCCAGAAUCUGCAAAUGGAGUACGUGGACCUGUACCUGAUCCACUGGCCGGUCUGCCUGAAGCCCGGGCCACGGGUGUUCCCGGCCAAGCGGGAGGACGCCGUGCCAUUCGACUUCGAGGGCGUGUGGCGGGAGAUGGAGGAGUGCCACCGCCUUGGGCUGGCCAAGGCCAUCGGCGUCAGCAACUUCACCACCUGGCACCUCGACAAGAUCCUAGCAGCUGCCACCAUCCCGCCUGCCGUCAACCAGGUGGAACUGAACCCUGUCUGGCAGCAGAGAAAGCUUAGGGCGUACUGCGCAGAGAAGGGUAUCCACGUCGCGGCGUACUCGCCAUUGGGUGGGCAGAACUGGUCCGGGGAGGGAAACGCCGUGCUGGAAUCAGAGGUGCUGGCCGAGAUUGCUAAGGCUAGAGGAAAGAGCGUCGCACAGGUAGCAUUGAGGUGGAUCUAUGAGCAAGGACUGACCCCAAUCGUCAAGAGCUUCAGCAAGGAGAGGCUCAAGCAAAACCUCGAGAUCUUCGACUGGGAGCUCACUGACGACGACUUGAUCAAGAUCAGCCAGAUUCCACAGAAGAAGACUGUCACAGCUGCCGACGUAAUUUUCUCUCCAGAGGGAGAGUUCACGUCAGUGAAGCUUUCAGACAUUGAAGUUGUCGAGGAAUAGUGCUAGGCACUGAGAGUGCCUCCUCCACUGUUUUCUGUAAACUACAGUAGCUUUCCUUGAAGACCCGGAAUAAAUGAAUAAAAAGGUUGUUGCACCGUUAUGCUAGGUUCCGAUGCUGUUAUUCGUCUUCUUUGCGCAAUAUACUUUGAUUCAAGUUAUUAUU